AUGUCAGCGGGUUUGAUGUCAUGUGUGCGCGAAAACUCGCCACCAUUGGAUAACGUACCCGCACAAGUGCAAGACAUACCGAUCACGAUCACGACACCGGAAACAGCUGCUGCACCCACCAACACCAGCGAUACCACCAAACGGAAACGGUUCCAUCCGCUGCGCAACCUACGGCGGAUUUUUCGCCGCCGAACCGUAUCGUCCGCCGACCGUGCUCCGGGUCAGCUCGGUGCGAAGGGGCCAACCCACAUACACUUUGCCACGCCCGGCUGUUCGACGACCGAUGCAACCCUGCCACGGACCGGUUUCGGCGUCCCGAUCACCAUCCGCAACGAGUCCGCAUCCGGUGCGGCACCGGGCACAUCGCAGGCCGGGGCGGGAGCGUACUUCAAGCGCGAAACCUACCGGCUACGGAACUCCGAUGAUCUAGACAAGGAGAUGUCCGAUUACCAGCGCAGUCUAAGCGAAGGUCGACUGGUGGAUAGUGACAUCAGCCGCGAUGGACUUUCACAAUCACACGAUAGUGUUUUCUCCGAAUCUGCCGGCACUGCUAGCAGUCUAUCGAUCACGCUAAAGAACGAACUGGCGGACGUGUUGCGUAAGCGAAGGAAAGAUCGACAGGGAGAAGUUUCUGACGAAGAUCUCGGGCUGCCUAUGAGUCCCAUCACACCGCAGCGCAAAGACCGCGGAAUGAACAAGAGCGAAGGAUCGCUUAGCAUACUGAGCAUGACGAGCUCGGACAUGGAUGAUGAUCGAUCCGCAUCGAACGCAAGCGGACAUAACCUGUUGCACCUGGAUUCGUCCACCUCCGGUUCCAUCAGUAUGAAUCGGUCAGACAAUAUGGAUGAAAGUGGUGAUUCAUCGAAACUGAGCCAUUCCGCAGCGAAACAUAAGCUUGCCGUACGACCAAAGAAAAAGGGCCCUACCAGAGCUCGCACUCGCCCAAGAGAGUCAACCCUGUUGCCAGCGACGCCCGAGGUGAACGAGGAAUCGUUAAAACUGUCCUCCACAAAUAUUGCUUCCAACUUUUCACCAGCAAAGGAAGCAAACGAGCAGGCCCAUUCGCUGCCGUACGGAAUUAUGCCACCCAGCACAUCAACUCCGCUAUCAUCACACCCGAUGCCAAGAUCACCCUCCAAAGACAUCAGCACAUCGAAACUCUCGAUCGGUGACGCACCCACGAGUUCCUCCAUAUACGUCAACAGGAACAUCUCAAAGAGCCACGAGUUUGAGCGCACGUCCGAGCAUCAUCUUACGGUGGAGGGAACGGGUGCUGUCACCUCGAGAAAGGAAGACGACGGAUUCUUCAAGCGCAUUCUGAACUACAGCUUCAAGAAGAAGAAGCACGAAUCGGGCAAGGAAGAGUCACCGUCGGUAACGGCUUCUCCGCGGAAGGAAGACAACACGAGCAGCGUUUACAUAAGCUCAGGAGAUCCCACCAUCUCAGACUGCAUUCCAACGGAGCAGAUUAUGAAACUGUCGCUGGUAGUCGGUGAGCCGGAACUGGGUGAGCUGAGUGGAUACAAGAAGAUCAAGUCUGGUCCGGCGGCAAGACAGCGCGUCUUUCCGAAGGAUAUCUUCUCCGCUGAAGAACGCGACGCGAAUGCUAGGGAGCAGCAGCAACAGCACACACAACGCUACUCGUCAAACGUGGAAGUGAACAGACAGUCUGUCGCAUCAUCCGGUAGUGGUCAUUCGCUUACUAUUGGUGAAGGAAAGGCACCAUUGCAUAAGAGCGAGGAGUAUCUCGUUUCCAAGACGCGCAAGUUCUCCGAGCGUAGUGUGGACGGUGGCGAAGGUGACGACGAGGAAAGCGACGGUCGGAAGUACGUCAGUCACGGGGAACGGCUUAAAAGCCCAAAGGUGUACGGGUUGAGUUCGUAUCAGCAGAAAUUGGCGAAAAUUUCCAUCACAACGCAACAAGCGACCGAAACAAGCAAGGAAAGUCCCAGCAAACGAGCAAAAUCGGUAGAGAAGUCGAAAAGCUUCCGCACGUACACGGACAGCGUGUCGAACCAGCUGCAAGCGGGCGGCCAUCAGGUGCCGAGCUUACCGAACCUGAGCGCCUCACUGUCGGUGGGUAAUUUCAGCAACAAUUUCCUCGAGACCGAGCACAAGUUCUUCAGCAUGACGGAAAACAUGAACACUGGGAAGCAGCGGGUGUUUAAGGACUACAUCAGCAAUGCUGACGAUGAUGCAGAGUCGCGGCUACUCUCGUCGAGUGCUUCGUUGCAGAAGUUUGAGAUUAACGAUAAUAAUCUGCUGAAUCCGCGCGAAGAGUACGUCGACCAUCAGCCGAAGAGUAUUGUACUGACGACAAACACCUUGACGCCACCCGAACCGACCAGUAUCUUGAACAAAUCGAACCAGAACAUUUCGCAGAUUGAGGAAAACAUUGACAAGCUCGUAUCGUCGCAGUUUGUCAGCAUCAUCAAGAGCUCGGAUGAGGGUAGUAGCAAUGAACGGUUAGAUGAUAUCUCCGCCGGUCAAAUAGGUGCGAACGUACCGGAGUUCAUGAAGAUUCAGCUGAACCGCGUCGAGGGUACUGGUCGUCCGGCCAAGACGAGCAGCAUUGUUCUGACAACCUCACCCACACCAGCUCCGCCAACUUCACCCGCCAUUGCUAGUCCCACUGCCAGUGCUGGGCAGUACCAACCGCCAGACGAUGCCAUAAAGCUGCAGCGACGGUUCAGCAACGAGAACAUUGAAAUCACCGAGUCGAAACCACCGCUUCCACCAUCGGUGGUGGUCCGCUCCAGUUUGGUGCUGGAGGGAGGUAUUCCCAAGAGUCCACCAGCCUUCCGGAAGCAGGGCAGUGGUGGGGGAACUGGGGACCUGGCUGGAACUAAGCGCAACUCGAUGAAUCUCUCGCAGGACCUGAGCGACGAUCGGAAGGUGAUCCUGCAGCGCCGCACCUCGGUGACGGAGGAAAAGAUCAAGUACGAGCGGCGGAUAUCGUCCUCUUCGGAGGAUAUCAAGUUCGAGAAGAAAAAGUCCACGUCGGAAGAGUUGCUGGAGAAGCGUGGCAGCACGGGAAGUGCUAAUGGCAAUUCCAACUACAACAGCGGCUCGAGCAGUGGUGACGAGCUGGUGGUACUGCGCAAGAAGUUCGUCGUGGGUGAGAAAGAGGGCAAGGAUAAGGACGGCACACCGGAGUUGAUGAAGGUGUUUGCUCGGCGAUCGUUAAAGUUGCGCUCGGAUGACGACUACAAGGUGACGGAUAGUGGAAAACCUCUAUCCAGCAUCGACAGUGACAAGGAAAACCAAUCCAGCGAAGAAAAGUUGGAUAAGGUAGGCUUGCAGCAGUCGAAGCAAUCCCUGCAGCAACAACAGCAGCAGCAGCAGCCGGAACUCAUUUCAACAACCCUUGUGCAGGCGGUAUCCGUGGUGACUCCUUUGCAAGCACCCGCCACGAAUGGGUCGCUUAAGAAUGGAUGUACCGGCACGGAUGGAGUAGCGCUUAAAAAUGGUUCCAACGAGAAUGGACAAGCGCCCACAUCCGGGGAAGCGAUCCUACGGAAAAGCGUCACCAGUAAACCGUUUGGAGUGCCGAACCGUUUCGCCAAUGGUACCAACGGUGGACAACCACGCAAUGCCGCCUCGUUCGUGGAGGUGCGCAAAACGCUUCUACCCAGUGCAACGGUCACGGUGUCACCGGUGAACAACAACUUCGUCAAGUCAACAACCACUCCAGCUGGGCCGGAUGCUUGCGAGAAUCAGUCCACCGUCAGCAACAACAACACCAUCAACUCCAACCGCCAUACGAUCGCGUCGUUAAAUCAGCUCAACAGUACGAACGGUGUAGGGGGUGUCGGUGCCAUCAACAACAACGCGCCAACGGCCACCAUCAUCGAGACGGACGGUGGUAACGGUGAGAUGAACGAGUUCAAGGGCAUACUGCAGCGUCGGGCGGAGUGGGAAAAACGAGCGAAGGAAGGAUUCAAGUAA